AUGACUCAAAAGAUGUGGAGGAGCCUCGUUGAGCCUGCGAAGGUGUGGCUACAGACGGGAGGUUCACUCCGGCUGAGGGAGUGGUUUGGAUUGGGCCGAUAUCUCCGGCGUGAGAAGACCUUCUCCAGUGUGGUUAUUUUUGCCGCUGCGAAAGAAGACCACCGGCGUCUGUUGCAAAUAUUUCUUUCUCUUUUUAAGGACCGGAUCAUUGACGCUGGUCCGAAGGGAAACUACUCUCGCUUCAUGAACCACAGCUGUCAGCCCAACUGUGACACGCAGAAGUGGACGGUAAACGGAGACACGAGGGUCGGCCUGUUCGCCGUCUGCGACAUCCCCGAGGGCACUGAGCUGACCUUUAAUUACAACCUGGACUGCCUCGGGAACGAGAAGACGGUCUGUCGCUGCGAGGCUCCAAACUGCAGCGGUUUCCUUGGUGAUCGGCCAAAGAACUCAAACGGACAGACAGCUGAGCCCAAAGGGAAGCGGUUGAAGAGAAAGUAUAAGAGGAAGAAAGCGGAGGGGAAGAAGAAGUCUGAUGACGACUGUUUCCGCUGUGGAGACGGAGGGCAGCUGGUGCUCUGCGGCAAGAAGAUGUGCAGCAAGGCGUAUCACCUGACCUGCCUGAACCUCACCAAGAGACCCUUCGGCCGCUGGGAUUGCCCCUGGCACCACUGUGACGUCUGCGGGAAAACCUCGGAGGCUUUCUGCCAGCUCUGCCCCAACUCCUUCUGCAAAGCCCACCAGGAGGGGGCGCUGCGAACCUGGCCCCCCACGGGGCAGAUGUGCUGUCAGGAGCACGAGGAGCUGGAGGGAACGAUCACCCAGGAGCCGGUGGAAACCUCUGGGCCGAACGCGACAACACCGACCGUCACUACUGCUCGUCCUGCUAAAGGCUCCAGGAAGGCCAGAGGAGCCCCCGCCAAAAUAAAAGGCUCCAAGAGGAAAGCAGCCUAAGAGUGACCUCUGACCCCUCAGAGAGAAACCACUCUGACACGUGCUUCCCCAUUGGUGGACAAAUACAAACCCUGCUUACUUAAGUCUCGCAAGAUCACAAAACCAAGGCACUGUACACCUUCAUCAGGGAAAGCCGCUGAUUCCUCACAUGCUCGGCAGCGGCCUCUAACGUUCUUCAACUUUUAAACGUGUUCAGGUCUAUUUCUCUUCUCCGCACUGACGCGAACCAUCUGUGGUGAAAAGCUGCAGAGCGAGCGCAGGUUAGAACACUUUGCCUAUUUCUACCCUCAUUCUUCAUCCAACAGCCUUUUUACAGUCUUCCUUUUACUCUUUUAUUUUAGAAUAACAAAAGGAACCAUAUCACUUCACACGGAUCAUCAGCAGAGUUUUUAUAGCUAUAUCUAUAUAUGUGUUUAUCAAAGACAAACAUUAUGAAUACUGGAAAAGUGUAAAACAUCAAACCGGUUGCAAAAACGUUUUACUUUUAUAUAUAGUAUAUAUGCCAGAGGUAAAAGCAGGACACUAUGGCUUCAGAUGACCGUUUUGUUAGGUUACAUUUAACCGUAGACAUUUGGUUGCUAUUUUACAACCUGUUGUUUUUAGCUCAGAUUUACCGUUUAAACUUUAGAGUCUAUUGUUUUCAUUUAGGGAUCAGAAUGCUGAACCAGAGAACCAUGGGGUUUUAAAAGUAUUAAACUGAGAGCGCUCUUAAACUGCCGCCUUAAAUAGAAACACUACUGGGUCUUUACUGCUCGAGGCUAACCCAGAAACAUGAAGGAAUACGUGUGAUUUUCAGGAAGAAAGUUCUAAAUUGAGUUCUGAGGCUGACACUUAAUAUGCUGUCACUUUUCUUUAAUGUAAACAUACAAAUCAUGCUGAUUUAAAAUGUUGAAGACCUCCCAGUGUCACCUGGCAGAGUCUUUCAUUGAUUGUAAAAAACAUUCAUAUUUCAUCUGUAGAGUAGCUUUUUAAAAGACAGACGUCUAUUGUUUUUAUUCCCAGGAGAUUUUGAGUCUCAAACGGCAUCUUGCUUGUACUUCUAAACGCUGGCUAGCAACUUGUUUUUGAGGUGAUGAGUCCCGUAGACUGUAGCUGGAAAUCUAAAAGGCUGAAAAUGUGGAGCUGAGCCCUAAAAGCUAAGAUGUCCUAAAAUGGCCACUAUAGUCUGAGCUUUGAACUAUUUCAGAUGCACAUUUGUUCCAUUUAAAGAAUAUGCAUGUUGGUUAAGCAAAAAGCAAAAGCAAAAGCUGGCUCUUUCUUUUUCCGUUAUGAAUUUGAGAUGCUCAUUUCAUAUUCAAGUCUGCAUAUUCGAGUGAUAAGUUUCCCUUUUUUGGGGGUUGGCUCAUUAGGGUUUUGUUUCCAAGACUUUUGAGGCUAUCGACAAUUUUUGCACCGUUUUUAUUUCAUAUCCGACGUUUAUUUAUAAUAAAAAAAAAAGUAGUCACCUUUUUAAUAUCUGGAUCAACUGGACCAGUUGAUCUAAAGGCCACUGUCUGGGCUUUUCAGUUUUUCCUCUAAAACCUCUCCAAAAAUCCACAAUUAAGUUGUACACAAGUGACAAGAGAACAGCGCAUUUUUGGAUAUAUUUUUUUAUAACCGCACCUUUUUUUGUUUUAUUUUAAGUGUUUUCCUUCUUCCCAGGGCGUGUGAAUGCGACGCGUCCGGGGUUGCAGCGAGUGUCGUACGAGUAUUUUUCCACUUUCUUUGUAUCCUAACGUUGUGUUGAGUGAAUGUAGUCCAGCCAGUUGUUUUCUUAGCACUGUAAACCUGUAGAGCUGUACUGUUUCCUUCUGUAACUACUGUCCUAGUGCACCAGAGACUAAUAUGUACAUACUGUAUAAGUGGUAAUAGUGAUGCAUUUAUUGUAAAUAUCAUACAGUUUCUCUGACAUCGUA